CAAACCCACAAUCCUUCAGUUAUGGAAUGACGCUCCAACCCACUGAGCCACACUGUUCAGGGCAGGUACUGAGUAAACACCGACCCAACACUGACUCUUCCUGGUGUCUGAGCAGCCACCUCCUUUGGACAUCUGGUAAAGCAAAGCUGUUCGAGGUCUAUGCAAGGUUGAAUCCUCCUGGUCUUAAAAUGCUGGGUUCUCUAUGCUUAUCUGUACACAUCUCUGUUCUUCCCCAUUGACAAUGGCAACAGACACCACUUUGGCCCAGAAGUUAUCAGAAGUUGAAGAUGACAUGUAUAAAUAAUACUCCAGGGCUAUCUGCAAGGUGAUAUUGAAGGUAAGAAGGUCACAUAUAAGUAUUCUUAGUUAGGCACAGUUGGUCCAUCCUGAUCCUUCAUCUCCUUUGUCCACUGCAUUCACUCAGCAGAUUUUUAUUGAGCACUUAAUACAUGAGCAUAAUGCUCUCCACUCCUACUCUAUGAAAUUAAGCCUCAAAAUGAUGUCUAAUAUUCUGGAAAACUUGCCAUUCACCACCCAAGACCAUGUGGUCCCAACCCCUGUCACUCAUAUACCCCUUUACUGUAUAGAUGCCUUGAGUCCACAUCCUAAAUAUCAUCCCACCUAUGACUCUUUCCAGACAUUGGCCCUCCCAAUGAAUUUGGAAAUGAGAAUUUCCUCAUGGUUUUAAUAUUUGAUCCAUCUCAUCACCCCCUGUCAUUUGACAAAGUCUCCCUACUUCAAAUUCUAGUCUAUUCAGAAUCCUCACUCCGCUUUGUCCCCAGGGUGUCUGGAACGAUGUGUAUUCCAAUAUUCCACUGGGGCUGAUUUGCACUCUGUGGCUUGGGGACUCACAGUUUAACUGCAAGUACUAAUGAAUAGUGCUUGCCUGGACGGUGAAGGCAAGAAUUUUACAAAGAAAUGGGAAGAGCAGGGCAUCAUUUUGCUCUUUUCCAUCUCCUGACUAGGUAGGAAUCAUGAAUCAGUCAUGGUACUUUUUUUCCUACUGAGACUGAAUGUGCUCAUCAUCCUUCUCAGGAGACUCCAGCAGCCCCUGUUAAACUAUUGCACUUGGCACAUAAGGUGAAGCUACCCCCCACUGAGACUUCUUGCCAAAUAUUCAGCUUUCUCUGCAGAUGAACGAUGCCUCCCAGAGGAUGAGGGAGUCGAAUCAAUCAAUGACUUUGGACUUUACUCUCAUGGGGCUCUUCAACCACUCAGGGCCACAUAUGGUCCUAUUUUCCCUCGUGGUCGCCAUAUUCACCAUGGGCCUUCUGGGCAAUGCCAUCUUGCUCUUCCUGAUCCAGACAAACUCCCGGCUCCACACACCCAUGUACUUUCUGCUUAGCCAGCUCUCUCUGUUGGAUGUUGGCUUCCCACUCGUCACCAUCCCCAAGAUGGUGGCUGACUUCCUCCAGGGAGAGAGUUCCAUCUCUUUUGGUGGCUGUGCAUCUCAGAUGUUCUUCCUGAUGCUGUUGGGUGUCGCUGAGGGCGUUCUGCUGUCCCUUAUGUCUUAUGACCGCUAUGUUGCUGUGUGCCACCCCCUCCAUUAUCCUGUGCUCAUGAGACGUCAGGUGUGCCUGCUCAUGGUGGGCACCUCCUGGAUGUCAGGUGUGCUUGUGGCCUCCAUCCAGACCUCCAUCGCUCUGCACUUCCCCUACUGUGCUUCCCACACUGUGGACCACUUCUUCUGUGAGCUGCCCGCUCUGCUGAAGCUCUCCUGUGCAGACACCUCUGCCUAUGAGUUGGCGCUGUCCAUCUCAGGGGUGCUGAUCUUGCUGCUGCCCCUGUCCCUCAUUGUCGCCUCUUACAGCCAGGUGUUGGGGGCGGUUCUCCACAUGCGUUCGGAGGAGGCCCGGCAUAAGGCCUUCACCACCUGCUCCUCGCACGUCACUGUGGUGGGGCUUUUUUAUGGGGCAGCCGUGUUCAUGUACAUGGUGCCAGGAACAUACCACAGCCCACAGCAGGACAACGUGGUCUCCCUCUUCUACAGUCUUGUCACCCCCACUCUCAACCCGCUCAUCUAUAGCCUGAGGAACCAAGAAGUUCGAGUGGCUUUGGUCAAGGUCCUUGGCAGAACUGGUUUCAGAUCAAAAAGAAGACCCUACAGGGGGGUGUUGAAUUGCCCAAGAGGACCCUCCUUUACAUCUAAGACCUUUCUUUCAUUUGCAGUCCAUGGUGGUGCAAGGCGUACUGCAGUCAGCUCCCUUCCUCCUCUGAGACUCACUUUUUCUGUUGUGCAUUUGUAGGAUGUAAACAUAGUGAUCUCAAUCGCUUAGAAAAUGGGAGGGGUUGGGUUAUUUAGUCUUAAGUAGAAGGAAAUUUUUACUAUAAGAAGGACAACCCAACAUUAGAGGUGGGCCCCAGCUCAUGGAUAUUUUGGCCACCUGGUAGUGUCAGCUUACAGUCAUUCUUAUACAUUUCUGCACAGUGAGUGAAGUGUUUGAGAUUCGAUCCUUAAGGUCCAAGCAAGAUGGAGGAUCAGGGUGGUGCUCCAGCAGUGACACUCGGACAAUCCCUGCCUUGUGCUAGUUCUUAGCAGUGUCUUUGUCUGAGUCACAUUUAGGUUUUACAAAAGUGGAAGACUGUCACCAAGGAUGCCCCUGAUUAGACAGCCCAAGCAUGUGUUACUUUUGCUGUCUCAAUCACCACAGAGCAGACAGGUCACUCUUGAAUGAUUCGUCAGGAUGACGUAUGAUUAGACGUUGCCAUUUGUAAGCUUCUGUUAUCAGCACCAAAGGGAACAAGCAGUUAAGAUUACGCAAUUAAGGGUUUCCAGAGAAAUGAUCUAUCCUUGUUUUUUAUCUUUGCAGAGAUGUUUAUCUAAUGAAUCUUUGGAGCACAGCCAUUUCUAUUCAUACAAAGGCUCAGUUGGCAUUUCAUCCUAAGCAUUUUUAAAAACAUCUUCACCCAAGGACAUUUUAAAAUUACGUUUAGAGAAAG